AAGGUCCGGGUCUGGAUGGGUUGGCCUAAUGCUUGUUUAUUUGAGCAAAGGUUAGCUUUUGUCUUGUGUUUUCUCAACAAGAUAGGGCAUCAAGAGAAAAACCAGGAGACCGAGGGAGAAAAAUUAAAGGGAGAGCCAAAGCGACACUCAGCCAUGUUUUCAUCCAACCACCAGUUUCCAAAUCAACCAAAGCCUUUAGCUGUUAUGGAUCCCACAACUCCAAUGCAAGUGGAUCAGAACGAAGCCUCUUCUGUUGCCAGGGAUGAAAUGCGAAUUGGAGGGUUUUCACAUGCCAAAUCCAUUAUUCAAAGUUCUGAGAAACUUCAAGAUGAUCUUCGUAUGUUAGGGCUCAAAAUCAAGCACCAUGAGGAUAACAUAAAACUUCUAAAGAUUCAGAAGAACAAGCUGGAUGACUCUAUACUUGAUAUGCAAGUUAUGCGUGGCAAGUAUCAUUCUUCUAGUGCACCUAAGAUAGGAAACGAGAACUGUUCCCACCUUCAAAGUGAGGAGGAAACAACUGAACAGAUUCUUCGGCAUGGAAAGUCAGCAGCAGGAAUUCUGUGUCAGCUGAAAAUUCAUAAUGCCACUCAGGCUUCUUAUCUGACUUUGACGAGGGAUGUACUUGGUGCUGUUGCUACUCUUGGCAAAGUGGAUGAUGAAAAUCUUAGUUGGCUUUUCUCGGAGUACCUAGGAGUGCAGACUAUGAUGGCAAUUGUUUGUAAAACUUAUGAAAGUGUCAGAGCUUUGGAAACAUACAACCAGGAUGGCUGCAUAGAUAAAACUUCUGGUCUUCACCGGCUUGGUGCUUCUAUUGGGAGGGCUAUAGAUGGCCGAUUUCAUGUAAUUUGCCUUGAAAGUUUAAGACCUUAUGCUGGUGAUUUUGUAGCUGAUGACCCACAGAGGAGGCUUGAUCUUUUAAAGCCAAGAUUACCAAAUGGGGAGUGUCCUCCAGGCUUUCUUGGCUUCGCAGUGAAUAUGAUUCAAGUGGACAGCUCAAACUUAUUUUGUGUCACUGCCAGUGGGGAUGGCCUCAGGGAGACUUUAUUUUACAAUCUGUUCUCCCGUCUUCAAGUAUACAGAACAAGGGCAGAGAUGGUUCUUGCUCUCCCUUGCAUAAGUGAAGGAGCAGUCUCUCUGGAUGGUGGGAUGAUCAGAAGCUCUGGUGUAUUUUCCUUUGGCAAUCGCGAAGAGGUAGAUGUGAGAUUCCCAAAACCCUCUGCAAAAUCAGAUGUGCCGCAAAACUACAUUGAAACUGAGAAGCAGAUGAAAGAGAUGACAUGGAGAAAAGAAAAGUUGGAAGAGGAUAUGAAGAGGGAACAAGCAUUGCUGGACAAUGCAAAGUUCAAUUUUGAAAGAAAGAAGCAAGACUUUGUCAAGUUUCUUGCUCAAAGCUCGUCCUUCGCAACUCAGUUUCAGGCAACUCAAGAUAGGUUGACUCCAAGAUGACGGUAACAAUGAAGUCUAGCUAGCAGAUUGAAAAAGAGUGCAGAAGCCUUGGAACACUAAAUUUCAGCUUCUACCACCAUUAUAAUUUUUUUUUUUCCGCCUUGGUGAUGGACAGAAGAAUAACACAAGGCAAAUAGCAUAUGUGCUUCUUUGAGAGUCUUUUUUCCUGAUAAGCAUAUGCUUUCUCUUGUCGAAGUUGGGACUAACUGUUUCUCAAAUGUAGACCAUGGUGAACCAGGAAUAGACAGAAGGCAUCCCUCCGUCCUCAAUAUGGAUACAAGGUAAUUCUAGCGCAAGGUUGUUCAUUGAAGGCAGGGUCUCUAUGGUGUAAACAUUUUAAGAGGAUUUUAAUUCGCUUCAUUCAUGUCCUAACUUCCAAAGUUUGGCCGUUUGUUCUUUUCUCAUUUUGGUCAUUUGUACAGUAUAUUCUCUUUGGCCUUUAAAUGCUGUACGUUUUCUGGUUCUGGUGCUUCUGCCAUCAAAAGGGUAUUUCUUUUAGAGGAAAUUCAUUAA